AUGGUGAACUUCACUGUUGACGAGGUGCGGAACCUCAUGGACUAUGCGGACCAGAUCCGUAACAUGUCCGUCAUUGCCCACGUUGACCACGGUAAGUCAACACUUUCCGAUUCGCUGGUGGGUGCCGCUGGUAUUAUCAAAAUGGAGGACGCGGGUGACAAGCGUAUCAUGGACACCCGCGCGGACGAAAUCGCUCGUGGCAUUACAAUCAAGUCGACGGCUAUUUCCAUGCAUUACCACGUACCCAAGGAUAUGAUCAAGGAUUUGGAUGAUGACAAGCGCGACUUCCUCAUCAACCUCAUCGAUUCACCCGGACACGUUGACUUCAGUUCUGAGGUGACGGCCGCGCUGCGUGUGACGGACGGUGCACUUGUGGUUGUGGACUGCGUGGAGGGCGUGUGCGUGCAGACAGAGACGGUGCUCCGCCAGGCGCUGACGGAGCGUAUUUGCCCCGUUGUGUUCAUCAACAAGGUGGACCGAGCCAUCCUGGAGCUCCAGCUGGACCCUGAGGAGGCGUACCAGGGCUUCGUGAAGACGCUGCAGAACGUGAACGUGGUGAUUGCGACGUACAAGGAUCCGUGCAUGGGUGACGUUCAGGUUGCCCCUGAGAAGGGAACCGUGGCCAUCGGCUCGGGUCUGCAGGCGUGGGCGUUCUCCCUGACGCGCUUCGCAAACAUGUACGCGGCGAAGUUUGGCGUGGACGAGAUGAAGAUGCGUGAGCGCCUGUGGGGUGACAACUUCUUCGACGCGAAGAACAGGAAGUGGAUCAAGAGCGAGACGAACUCCGACGGUGAGCGUGUGCGCCGUGCCUUCUGUCAGUUCUGCCUGGACCCUAUCUACCAGAUCUUUGAUGCUGUAAUGAACGAGAAGACGGAGAAGGUGAACAAGAUGCUGAAGUCACUGAACAUCUCGCUGACGAUGGAGGAGCGUGAUCUUGUGCCCAAGAAGCUGCUGAAGGUCAUCAUGAUGAAGUUCCUGCCUGCCGCGGAGACGCUUCUGCAGAUGAUCGUGGCGCACCUGCCAUCGCCCAAGAAGGCCCAGAAGUACCGCGCAGAGAUGCUUUACUCCGGCCCUGCGUCGGAAGACGACAAGUACUACAUGGGCAUCAAGAACUGCGACCCGAAUGCGCCCCUGAUCCUUUACAUCAGCAAGAUGGUGCCGACUGCGGACAAGGGCCGCUUCUUUGCGUUUGGCCGUAUCUUCGCCGGUAAGGUGCGCAGCGGCCAGAAGGUGCGCAUCAUGGGCAACAACUACAUCUACGGCAAGAAGCAGGACCUGUAUGAGGACAAGCCCGUGCAGCGCACCGUGCUGAUGAUGGGUCGGUACCAGGAGGCUGUCGAGGACAUGCCGUGCGGUAACGUUGUGGGCCUUGUUGGCGUGGACAAGUACAUCGUGAAGUCCGCCACCAUCACGGACGACGGCGAGUCCCCAUACCCGCUGCGUGACAUGAAGUACUCCGUGUCGCCUGUCGUGCGUGUCGCGGUGGAGGCCAAGAACCCGUCCGACUUGCCGAAGCUCGUGGAGGGCCUGAAGCGCUUGGCGAAGUCUGACCCGCUGGUUGUGUGCUCGAUCGAGGAGUCCGGUGAGCACAUCGUCGCUGGUGCCGGUGAGCUGCACCUUGAGAUUUGCCUCAAGGAUCUGCAGGAGGACUUCAUGAACGGUGCGCCACUGACGAUUUCCCAGCCCGUCGUGUCUUUCCGCGAGACUGUGACGGAGUUGUCGUCGGUGCAGUGCCUGUCGAAAUCUGCGAACAAGCACAAUCGUCUGUUCUGCCGUGGUGCCCCCCUGACGGAGGAGCUGUCGACGGCUAUCGAGGAGGGUCACGCGGCUGCUGACGUGGACCGAAAGGUGCGCGCGCGCUACCUUGCGGACAACUUCGAAUGGGACGUCCAGGAGGCGCUGAAGAUCAUGUGCUAUGGCCCGGACAACCGCGGUCCGAACGUCGUCGUGGACGUCACGAAGGGUGUGCAGAACAUGAAUGAGAUGAAGGACUCCUUCAUUGCCGCGUGGCAGUGGGCGACGCGCGAGGGUGUGCUGUGCGAUGAGAACAUGCGUGGUGUGCGCAUCAACGUGGAGGACGUGACGAUGCACGCUGAUGCUAUCCAUCGUGGUGGCGGCCAGAUCAUCCCUGCGGCCCGCCGCGUGUUCUACGCGUGCUGCUUGACGGCUUCCCCGAGGCUGAUGGAGCCGAUGUUCAUCGUGGACAUCCAGACCGUUGAAAGCGCCAUGGGCGGCAUUUACAGCGUGCUGACGCGCCGUCGUGGUGUGAUCAUCGGGGAGGAGAAUCGCCCAGGGACACCCAUCUACAACGUGAAGGCCUACUUGCCUGUGGCGGAGUCCUUUGGCUUCACGGCUGAGCUUCGUUCGAGCACCGGCGGCCAGGCGUUCCCGCAGUGCGUCUUUGACCACUGGCAAGAGUACCCAGGCAAUCCGCUUGAGCCGAAGUCCCCGGCGAACACCACGGUGCUCGGCAUCCGCACGCGCAAGGGACUCAAGCCGGAUAUCCCGGGCCUAGACAACUUCAUGGACAAGCUGUAA